AUGGCCAGUUCUAUCAUGCCCGCUCUCGAGAUCACAUCCCCUCUGGACGACGAGGCUCCCAUCACCAGCCAGUUUUCCUGCCAGCACCACACUAUGCAACCCCUCGAGUGGCACUACGUCCCCGCCGACAGCAACCAAGGCAACAGCUUGAUCGUCGCCAUAUGGCCCACCGACACCUGCUAUCAAGGCCUCCAAACCAUGUCCCUAGCCAACACAAUGCCCACCACGAGUCGCCCCCACCGCAAUCGGCAACUCCAAGAGUCGCAGCUCAUGACUACAGCCCUUAUCCACGUCCCGCACUGCUAUCUCAACGUCACCAGUCACACCCCCGCCUCCCACCACGCCCCCGGCCUCGUCGAGCGAAUCGGCCUGCCACGGUCUCUGGUCCAAGGAUUCCUCUCCACCAUCGCCCUGCCCUCCUCCACAGCCGACGUCGUCGGUCUCAACCACCACCACCACCACGCUGCCGCCGACUUUGAGCUCGUGACAAGCGCCGUCCCCCACAUUGACGACCAAGACGACUGGGUCUUUUCUCGCUGCCUGCUGGCCGACUUUACCGGCUUUGGCGAGGAGGCGGCGGCUACGUUGACCCGCCAAGGACGGUUGUGCUGUUGGAUCAGUGUUGUCUUGGAUGGCAGCUCAGGGGUGUGGGACCUAAACUUUGUGGUGCACAGGGUAGGGGUCUGCGUCCGGGACCCGAGCUUGAGCAGGACAGGGGCUUGUGUUAGGACGGUUCACUGAUUAGGAAGACGUGGGGUUUGCGGUUCUUUCUUUUUUAGAAACAAGGUGUCUGUUUUGGAUGUUGGUUGAGGUGGUCAUGAGGACGGCCCAUUGCGACAUUGUCCCAGCUUGCGGCUAACACUGGCUAAGCUUGGGACCCUUUUCUUUCCUUUUUUGUUUCAGUUUAUGUUGGUUCUUCCAAGCAAAAGCGUUAUACAAUGGAUAUACACGGACUGGGCGGGAGGACGAAAGUUUCAAGCAUGAAACGGGUGGAUUGAGUUUUACUGGCGUAACUUUCUUUUUCUUCUGUCCUUUUUACACUCAGAAUUCACUAUGGCGACAGGGCGAUAAUGGUCAGGAUGGGCUGGGACGGAAAGAUCUGGCGUUUGUUUUCUUGCUUUUCUUUUUCUUACGAUUCGGUCAGGGGUUUUGUUAGAUCUCCUGGAUGUAUCUGUACUAUCUUAACUGCCUGGCAUGGCAUGGUAACAAGGGUGUCGCUCUGUCACAACGAAGCACGUUUCACCCCCACUCAAAGAAAGGUCACUGUAAGAUCAAAGCAAAUCAACGUAUCCGGUCUUUUAUGUCGACAAUUUUCUCUUUUUGGGGUUCCAUGAAUCGUUAUCUUUUGUCCCGGGUUGUGUGAGCAGGACAUGAUCUGGUUGGUAUGCAAGCUGCCUACCUGCGUUCAACAUCCGCAGGUGGCCGGUAUUCAAGGUACCUUGAGAGGUAGCAGGAGCCGGGAUGCCCGUUUAGUAAAGUUAGGCUGGGGUAAAUUACGACUACCAGUAGUGACAGGGAGCGGAAUGAAUGGAUAGUUCUGCUGUUUACUACAUUGGCGAUAGCCUCGCCCCGGGGGACCCCAGC